AUUGUAUCCAGGUUCUGCAUCGUUUGCCGUGAAGGGUUUGAUAUGAGACGCCAGCUGCUUCGAGAACUGACUAACGAGUUCCAGUUGGCUGACAAACACGGAAGCACGGAGCUGCAUAAAACAGCGCAAAGAGGCGAUCUGGAGACAAUGGUUACAGCUGCAGCCGCAGGAUGCGACAUCAACAUUAGGAACGAGAAAGGUCUGAUGCCUUUGCACGAAGCUUGUCUAGAAGGUCGCACGAGAAUGGUUCUGCUGUUGCUUGCCCUGGGUGCCGAUGUGAAUGCAAAAACUGGGGAAAUGUGGACGCCUUUGAUUUGCGCUGCAGGAAACGGUCAUACAGAAACCACGAAAAUUCUUGUGGCAUUUGGAGCUGAUGCUGACAUAGCCACAUCUAGUGGCCAUUCUGCAGCACACAUGGCAGCUUGGAAGGGUUUGACAGAUAUUCUUGUAGUUCUCAGCAGGAAUGGACACAGCCUUUGCAGAAAAACCAAUGAAGGACAGACACCUCUUGAUUUGGCAAUAGAGUCAGGCCAAGAAAGCUGUGCAAGCUAUAUCAGAGCUGCUAUAGCAAAUAAAGAAAUGGAAGAUUGCCUUCAUCACAAGUAUAAUUCCAAGCCCCAAAAGGAGCAAAAGAAAAGAAUUGGUGUGUGUGACUGUUUUUACAUCAGACUGCAAGAACUACAACUUGGAACACAAGCCCUUCGCCAACAAAAGCACAGCGAUCUUGUUCGUUCAGCAUCUUUGCCAAUUCAUUUGUCACAGUCAUCGCCACUCUCACCUCAACAUAGAUGUGAUGCUACUAGUCCUUUGUAUUCUUCCCCACAAAUCAAAAGUCCAUUUUCUUUCCCAGCAUACAGCCCAUCCUCAUCAGAUGAGGAGCUUGCCAGUCAUAUCAGCCCCAGCCCUCCACCUUUUCCUCGACAGAAACAGCUAUCUGUUUCGCGAGCAGGUGUGCCAAUAUCUCCUCUUGCAAUAAAACGAAAACAUCAUAGCCCGGUCACAUCAGCAAUUAUUAAUUACCAAUGUCGAUCGAAAUCCAUGCCACAAGACUUGAAUCUCUCGUCAUGGAACUAUUUACAAGAUAACACAGCUCAAGUAUUGUCAAAGCAUAAAAGUGUUGAGCAGAUAAGUAGUGACAAAGUUAAAAACACUGGAGACAACACAGUUUAUGUACAUGCAAUUCAAACAAAAGGUGCUCCUAGUGAGAGAUGGGCUAGUGUGAUUCAUAGGAGAAGCGAACCGUGGAAUAGGAGGGAUGAACAGUCUUUGGAAGUGUCAAUGACAGAACUGCACAGACAGUCUCUGAACAACCCCAACUCAAUGGCAAAUGUAACCAAGGUGUCAACAAGUUGAAUUCUAUGAAGCAUUUCCAAAAUUACGCUUGAUCAUCACACUGCUUGCAAGAACUUUUAAGUUGCUUGAUAUCAACCCUGGACUAUUACCACUUUGUUUCAUUGCCAAACUUGUAAGCUUCAUACUCAUGCAUGUUGAAGUAAGAUAGCUCAGUUUCAUUUGCUAUGCUGUAAGCAGACAAUGUAUUGUCUGAUUUUAGGAUUAGAUCACUGUCAUUGUCUCUGUUGAUUACUAAGUCGUUUGGCUUCAUUCCUUGGG